AUGAGGAGCAUGUGGGGAACUCCGGCUCCGCCGGCUCAGUCCUCCGCGAGCCGACCCUGGAGACGGCAGCAGCCGCGGCGGAGGUGGCCCUGGCUCUCAGCGCCACAGUCUCCCCGCGCCGCCCGCCCCGACGGCAUGGCCCGCGUCCCGAGCUCCGGGCGCCCCCAACCCCGCUGAGAGCCGCCGCGGCCCGGGACCCGUGCGGGGGGCCCUGCGCUGCCGGGAUGAGCCGCGCCGAGUGGUGAUCGCAGCUCGGACAUGCCGGCGUGAGGGUCCGAGCGGCCGCCCAGCGGGGAGGAGACCCCGGGACGUCGGAGAUCACCACCCCGAAGCUGCAGGCGGGGGCAGAGAGGGAGCCUUCUCCAUCCAGCUGUGUGCCUUGCGGGGGAUUUUUAAAAAGUCGUUAUUUUUUUAAAGCAACAUUUCCGUGCUCCUGUCUGUCAUCGUCUUCGGGGAAAAUCAGCCCGAGCCACCCGAACGUAACCGAAACCAGACGAGAGAGGCGGGAGUCCAGGCAGUAUCUGCAGCGUCCGGGAACCGGAGACACCUUGGAACCCGAGCGCGUCCCCGGCGGCCGUGGGGCUGCGGCUCCGCCAAACUUUGCGGCGCGCGGCGUUGCCCGGGGGCUCUGUAGACCGAGCGCGGCCCCCUGACCAUGAUGUUUCGCGACCAGGUCGGGGUGCUGGCGGGCUGGUUCAAGGGCUGGAACGAGUGCGAGCAGACUGUUGCGCUGCUGUCGCUGCUCAGGCGCGUGAGCCAGACCCAGGCCCGCUUCCUGCAGCUCUGCCUGGAGCACUCCCUGGCUGACUGCGCCGAGCUGCACGUCUUGGAAGGAGAGGCCAACAGCCCGGGAAUCAUUAACCAAUGGCAACAGGAGUCCAAGGAUAAAGUGAUUUCCCUCCUGUUAACUCACCUGCCUCUGCUGAAGCCAGGAAACCUGGACGCAAAAGCUGAGUAUAUGAAACUGCUGCCCCAGAUCCUGGCGCACUCCAUCGAGCACAGCCGGCACAUUGAGGAAAGCAGGCAGCUGCUGUCCUAUGCUCUGAUACACCCGGCCACCUCGCUGGAAGACCGCAGCGCUUUAGCCAUGUGGCUGAAUCACCUGGAGGACCGCACUGCAACCAGCUUCAGUGGCCAGAGCCGCAGCCGCGCAGACUCCGUGGAUUACGGGCAGACACACUACUAUCACCAGAGACAGAACUCCGAUGACAAGCUCAACGGGUGGCAGAACUCUCGGGAUUCUGGGGUUUGCGUCAGUGCCUCCAGCUGGCAGGACAAAAGCCUGGGGUGUGAGAACGGCCACGUGCCCCUCUACUCCUCCUCGUCUGUCCCCACCACAAUCAACACGAUUGGAACCAGCACAAGUACAAUUCUCUCAGGCCAGGCACACCACAGCCCUUUGAAACGAUCUGUGUCCCUUACCCCACCCAUGAAUGUGCCAAGCCAGCCUCUAGGACAUGGAUGGAUGUCUCAUGAGGACUUGCGAGCUAGAGGACCUCAGUGCCUCCCACCCGAUCAUGCCCCCCUGUCUCCACAAAGCAGUGUAGCCUCUUCAGGAAGUGGUGGCAGUGAGCACUUAGAAGACCAGACCACUGCUCGUAACACAUUCCAGGAAGAAGGUAGUGGUAUGAGAGAUGUUCCAGCCUGGUUGAAAAGUCUCCGCCUGCACAAAUACGCUGCACUUUUCUCCCAGAUGACCUACGAGGAGAUGAUGGCCCUCACCGAGUGCCAGCUGGAGGCUCAGAAUGUUACCAAAGGUGCAAGACACAAAAUUGUCAUCAGCAUUCAGAAGCUCAAAGAAAGACAGAAUCUCCUGAAGUCUUUGGAAAGGGACAUCAUCGAGGGGGGCAGCCUGCGUGUCCCACUCCAGGAGCUGCACCAGAUGAUCCUGACCCCCAUCAAGGCCUACAGCUCCCCUACCGCCACCCCUGAGGCCCGCCACCGAGAGCCACAGGCCCCACACCAGCCCUCGCUGCUGGGCCCAGGGACCCAGAGCCCCGACUGCAAGGAUGGUGCUGCCGCCACCGGUGCCACAGCCACCCCCACAGCUGGGGCCAGUGGCGGGCUGCAGCUGCACCAGAUGAGCAGCUGUGACGGGGAGCUGGCGGUCACCCCGCUGCCCGAGGGGGACCUCCCUGGGCAGUUUACACGCGUCAUGGGGAAAGUGUGCACACAGCUCUUGGUGUCCAGACCUGACGAGGAAAAUAUAAGUUCCUACUUACAGCUCAUAGACAAGUGUCUGAUUCACGAGGCAUUUACAGAGACACAGAAAAAAAGACUGUUGUCAUGGAAACAGCAGGUGCAGAAGCUCUUUCGGUCUUUCCCUCGGAAAACCCUCCUAGACAUAUCAGGAUAUCGACAGCAAAGAAAUCGCGGUUUUGGGCAGUCCAACUCCCUCCCCACGGCGGGCUCUGUGGGCAGCAGCAUGGGCAGACGGAACCCGCGUCAGUACCAGAUUCCCUCCCGAAGUGUCCCUUCUGCCCGCCUGGGCCUCCUGGGCACCACUGGAUUCGUCAGCUCCAACCAGCGCAGCCCCGCAGCCAACCCCACCAUCAUGAAGCAGGGGAGACAGAACCUCUGGUUUGCCAACCCUGGCGGCAGCAACAGCAUGCCCAGCCGCAGCCACAGCUCCGUGCAGAGGACCCGCUCACUGCCGGUGCACACGUCCCCACAGAGCGCCCUCAUGUUCCAGCAGCCAGAAUUCCAGCUUCCUGUGACUGAACCCGACAUCAACAACAGACUGGAGUCCUUGUGCCUCAGUAUGACCGAGCACGCCCUGGGAGAUGGGGUGGACCGGACCUCCACAAUCUAGAAGCCGAAGAUGAGCGUGACCGCGCUGGCCGUGAAACCGACUGCUGCGGGUCCAGUGUCAGCCGUCUUCAGGGUUGCGCAGAAUCCUCCAAGAUACGUUGCAGCCUCUUUCCCCCUGGUCCCUCUCCCGUUUUGAUUUGUGAGAGCGUAGGUCAUCCUUGUAAACGUAUCAGUAGACCUGGGAUUGGUCAUUUUGUCAUUUGUUUCUGUCAUGGGAUGUUUUGGUGUGUGGGGUGGGGAGGGGUCUCUAGGCCUGGGAGGGGUGGAGGGGAUACAGGGAGCUUCCCGGAAGCGAAGGGGAAGUCAGAGUCCUGGCCUGAGAGGGACGCGAGGGACGCGGGAGGGAGGAGGCCUCUGGGAAAGCCUGGCACACAGCCCACCACGCAGGGCACGUGCGUCCCAGGGAGACAGUCCUGCCUACAUCACCCCGGGGCCUUGCUUAGAAGAGCUGCAGACGAGGGCCCUGUGGCAACGGGGGUGAGGAGGAAGAAAUUCUCUCCAACAAAACUCCAGAUAAACUUUGAUUUGUGUAUUGUUUACAUGACAACUUUAAAGGGUACAGACUGUGUAAAGAGUUUGGGCAGAACUUCUCUACAGACGAUGGUCUUUGUAAAGGAUGUGUUGUUAUGGGUUCAUUUUUUCCCUCUGUUUUUAUAAUAGCAACAGGGUUGUGUUUUAAAACGGCCGUCAAGCUCUGCUUCUCGGGAAGGGGGUGCCGUGGGUCCCUGUGUCAUGUGGGCCAGAGAGGUGGGAGGGACGUGUGUGUGGAGGUGAAGGACACAGAUGUGGCCAGAAUGAGUGUGGCACUGGGUGAGGGCUCAAGGGUGAUGCCACCACGUGGUCACUGAGAGUCCGAGAGAGCCCGCGGCCUCCUUCCAUGCUGGGUCUGCUUCUCCCCUGCCCCAGGUCCCUGCACGGGGGGGCUCCAUCCUGUCCCUCCCAGCCUUGCUCCACACCCACGCCGGUGAGUGCAGGUUCCCUUGGAGGAGGAAAGGCGAGGAUGGACUCUUCCCUCGUGAGAGGUCUGAUAGCCAGAUGGUGGGGUCGCUGGCAGGCCCCAGAGCCCAGGGCUGCGUCUCCUCCACUCAGUCACUGCUGAGGAAGAGCGGAAGGGGAAGGCCCAGCAACAGUGUAUAAAGGUCAGCAGCAAGUGCCAGAGAGCACACAGUGUCCGGCCCUCAGGUGCGGGCGGGCAGUGGAAGAAGGCUCAGGGAAGGUUAGUGUCACGAUGGAGACAGAGUUGUGGGUUUCCUGUGUAGUUGGCUGAUUGACCCAUCCACACAGAGGGGAGAGAAAGACACUCAUUACACAGUGAGAGCUUAACGAACUGUGCGCCGCAGAGUAAUAGCUCUAUUUCUUAAGGGCAAGAAAGGCUGUGUUUCAGAAUUUGAUGUGGGGGAGGGUAUUAGCAGAAAUGAGAGCAGUCGCGCUCAGCGCUGGAAAAUCAGGUUGUGUAAAUGUCGGGAGGACACCCAGCCAGCGGCGAGAUUGGGGGGUGGAGUGGUGUAAGGCUGGUUUAUUAAAUGGAUAAGUCUGGGGUUGUGUUUUUUAAGUGAAAUCAGAGUCACAAUUAACAUCAGACCAUGAAAAACACUGCACUCGCUGAUGGGGCUUUUUUUUUUUAAACUAAUGAAGUAUAUACAGAUUUUAAAGGCCUUAAUGAAAUCCAAACAACUUUCUUUUACCUUGGAGAUUAAAAAUGUAGACCCGCCCCAGUCUCAGACACUGCAACAGGGUUGUAAAGUCCUGUACGGUCUAAAAAGGUGACAGCAGCGAACCACAGUGGAGGUUCCUGGACCCACAGUCAACAUGCAUUGCUUAUGAAAGGUGCAGACCUCUCCUUGGGUAACUGACCUCUGAAGGUGCAAGUCCACGCACAGAAAGAGACAGUGUUUCUUAGUUGAUCAUUUUUAACCAAGUGCCAUUAACAUUCAUCUUCCACAUCCCUUUUCUAAACGAGCUUAGUGUUAUUUGGGGAAUGUGUUAGGAUGGAUGACCACAGCUAAGGCAGGAGGACUAGGUCAAAUGUUGAAGGCCAAAGGUAAGACCAGAGGGUUUGGGAAUGUGUUUUUUGGAUGCCGAGAAAGUUGUUAAAGAGGAGAAGAAACCAUGUAUCGCACACUUUGUUGAGAAAGAGGAAUGCGUUUGGAUCUCUGCAGAACGCAGAAGACUGGUGUCGUUCAGAAAACAGACUGUGAACACAGUCGCAUCAGCAUGAAUCCUUUAAAAGGAAGAAGAGAACUUAAAGUAUUUGCAAAUCUGAAUUUCUAUUUAUUCCUUCACUGAAUAGAGAAACAAUGGUUAUCUGAUUAUUAGAGAUAUUAUUUUGGAUAUGUUACUUAUUAACUUGCUAUGGCUGGUAACCAUGAUAAAGUCUGUUAUUAACAACAACAUAAUUCUUUUUUUAAAAAGAAAGAAAAGCUUAUUUUUCAUUGACUAUGUAUAGAUUUAUCUACUUAGUUAUGUUUUGCUAUUAGUGUUUUAAUUUGUUUUUUAAGUUGUGUGUUCUGAUGAAUUCGAGGAGCCUGUUCCCCCCUUGUGCUGAGUCCUGUGCUGCCUGCAGGUAUACAGCGCAAUUUACAAAUCCUAAAGCAAAAGAAUUUUAUUUAUAAAAGAAUCAAACAGUUGCAUGCACAAGGCUGUGAAGUCAAAUAUUUAGUACUGUAGCGGCAGUGCCUUUUUUUGUAUUUACCCACUGACCCCAGAUGCAACUGUUUUAUAUUAAUAGUAAAUGAUUUAAAAUCCCAGAGUAAAAUCUAUUUCACUACAUGUUCCCCCCGUGUUCUGAUUUAAGCUGUGUGUUCUCGCCAUCUCCACACUGUCCCACGGACGGUGGCAUCCUGUAGAGUUGUUGUCACGUACGAUGUUUUACUGGUGCUUUUAUUCAUAGUGGUUUCUUACCAGAAACAGUAGGAAGAAACUCGUAAACUGUGUACAAGACAUGACACACUGCUGCUGCUGUUUUUCCCACAUGCUUUUGAGUUUCACUUUUUAAACAAGAGCCAGCCAGCAGGAUAGACACGUUGGUCUGCCUGCUGAGGGCGGCUGUUUGCACCACGCCUCCCGAUCCUAGGUGUGGAUGGUUCCCUUUUUGGUCCCCAGGAUUUGAGCUACAGCCCGGCCCUGUCUCUCCCAUUCAUUGAAGAGACAUGGAGGGAAGCCGGGCUUUCUUUGGAGGUGUCCUCGGCUGUCCUUCAGUCGCUGUCCUCCAGUAGCUACUGCUGGUGCAGAGUUUGUGGAUAUAUCUCCCCGGGUCCAGGCUGGGGGGCUGGGAGGGGCUGAGCACACCAGCACGCGGCCAGGAGGACAGCGAGGGGAUGCGGAGCAGGCCCCCGUGUCCUCGGCCCUCUGGACACGUCCGCAGCAGGCGGCUCCAGCCUGGGCACGGGGAGGCAGCCUGACCAAGGCACUCAGGGCUGCCUGUCACAGGAAGAACCUACAUUUGCACAUGGGGCUGUGAUAACACUAAGGUUGACUUUUUUCUUUUUCCUUUUUUUUUUUUUUACAAGUCAUCAGAGAUGUUUGCAAAGCGUGUUUUAUUUUUUUGUAACUCCUUUAUCUUUACUUAAAGGUGAAUGUGUAUUCCUCUGGGAGGAAUAGGAAGAAAACAGGGAUGCUAGUGAUGUGGAGCAGAAGAUUCCUCCCUAGUGCCCUCUGACCUCCUGUGUCCAUGCCUAACGUAGCUGAGUUUGACAAAGCUUUCUCGUUGCAUGCCCCGUGCAGGCACCGUUGUGUUGUGCGUGCAUGCGUUUCGUCCUGUUUUCCUGUAUAAAGUUAGUGAACAAAGAAAUAUUUUUGCCUAGUUUAUGUUGCCAAGCAAUGCAUAUUUUUUAAAUUUGUCAUAUAUGGAAAGAGCAUGUUUGUUACAUGUAAAAGCUUUACUGAUAUACAGAUAUACUAAUGUUUGAAGAUGCUGUUCUUUGCAAGUGUACAGUUUUCAGAUGUUGUUACAGUGAAACACCCUUGUGGUUUAAACUUGCUACAAUGUAUUUAUUACUCAUUUCCUCCCAUGUAACGAAGAAUCAUGGCUAUAUUUCAUAUCAACGUUAUACUGAAAGUGAAGGGAAAUGAUUAAUACAAGGUUUUGUAACA